UCUGUGAGCCGCCCGGCUGGAGUCCUCCUUCGGGGAGCCGCCGCCGGGCUCGAGAGGAUCCCAGCGCCGCUGGCUGGCUGGCUCUUCCCCGGAGGAAUCUGCCCGGCUCUGCUUAGGUAAUUCUCUAAUGGAUCAAUGAAAACAAAACGAUGACAAGUUGUGGUCAACAGUCCUUGAAUGUGCUGAUGGUUGUGUUCUUAUUGCUCUUGUCAGCAGCAUUGUCUGCACAUUUUCGUGUCUGUGAGCCAUAUACAGACUACAAAGGCCGCUACCACUUUGGUUUUCACUGCCCACGUCUUUCUGACAAUAAAUCUUACAUCUUCUGCUGUCACCAUAACAACACGGUAUUUAAAUACUGCUGCAAUGAGACAGAAUUUCAGACUGUUAUGCAGAUGAACCUAACGGGGAAUGCAGAUGGAUAUAUGCAUAACAAUUACAGUGCGUUGUUAGGAGUGUGGAUCUAUGGCUUUUUUGUUGUGAUCUUGCUGGUACUGGACCUUUUAUAUUACUCAUCAAUGAACUACGAUAUUUGCAAAUUUUACCUGGCAAGGUGGGGAAUCCAGGGAAAGUGGAUGACACAGGCACAGAGCCGAUGGAUUAACUCUGCUCAGAAUCCAAGCCAAGUACAGACUCAGCCUCAGUCUCAGCCUCAGCCUCAAUUGUCACAGGCAGUACAUACUUUAAAAGGAGAUGCUUUAAACCCACCAUUGAUGUCUUUUCAGAGUUCAUCUGCCUGAAAAUUAUAAUGAUGUGCCUCAAGAUGGGAGAGGUAAGUUUAGAAUGCAGCGAGCAGCUUUCAAGAGCGAACUAUCCAAGUGAAUGACAGACAAACAAACAAACAAAGAUGACACCGCCAGAUGGAGUUUGGUCAAGACAUCUGACAAUCACCUCCUAUCAACUUACAAAAACAAUGUUGUAAGAGUUCAGAAAACGGUCUGUAAGCAAUAUUUUAAUUCUAGGUCAAGAUUAUUAUUUUGAAAGGAAACAUCGUAUUUGAUGGAAAGCUCAAUACAGUGAAAUGCAAGUUGCUCUUGCAAGAUCCAAGCCAAGGUAGACAUGGACAACAAGACAAACCUUUGGCAGAUCAACUUUCUUUGCCUCCCCAUCCAUCAAUUGCCAUUUGAGCCUAAUCUGUGUCAGAAUACUGAAUGUGAGUUAUUCCAAAGUUCUCUGGUGAACAUUAUGUCACAAUAGGGUAGAUGCUGACAUUCCCAGUCACUGUUCCCGCAACAUCACACUUCACAAAGGGACCCCUCAUCCAAUUAGAGUGCAGGGUAGUAGUCAUUUCAGUCCCUGAUUCUGUUCAUUUUAUUCACAGCAAUGAGACUGGCAUGAUAUCAUCAAAUUCCUGAGCACAACAAGUGGCCUCAACUGUACGUGCCCUCCAGAGGAGGGUACAAACAUUUAAAAACAAUUAAAAAAAGGACAACCUCUCCCCUUCCUGAACCUGAUUGGAAACGAAAAGAAAAAUCCCUCCGAUUACAAUAGCAAUAACACCACUACCCCUCUGUUUUACAAGGCAAUAAUCCAAUUCCCUCAGGCUGAUAGUUAUUCAGCAAUUGAUUGGUCUCAUAAUUUAUCCCCCUCAGGAAUGGGAGGAUUGCUUUGCAAGCCAGAACAGCAAUGGGAUACCGAGUCGCCGCGUGUUGCAAUAGCCUGACUAUAUUUUAUGGUAGGGAUUUAACUUGAAGACAUACAGUAUAUUUUAUAUCGGGGUGGCCACAUUUACUAACCCUCCGAGCCACAUACAAUAAUCUUCAGAAGUUUGAGGGCCGGGCGCACCUGCUGGGGCUUGGGGCUUCAGCAGGAGCAAGGCUGAAGCCUCGAGCCCCAGCAGAUGCUUCCCAUGGGGGUGGAGCCCCGAGAUCCCCCCUCUCCACAGGG